AUGAGGAUGCAUCUGCUCUCUUUAGAUCCCAGCUACAUCAAUUGUAUUGAGAAAGGACCACAUGUUCCAGUCAAAAUCAACACUGCUCUGAGACUUGAUGGAAGUGAAAGAGAAGAUGUUGAAGUGCCUAAAAAUCGCUCUGAGUUUACUGAAGAAGAUGAGAAAGAGGUGCAGAAGGAUAACAAGGCCAUGAAUAUCCUAUUCAAUGGUAUUGAUGAUGAUAUGUUUGAUAGUGUUAUCAACUGUCCUACUGCAAAAGAAGUGUGGGACACUAUUCAAACUUUAUGUGAAGGCACUGAUCAGCUGUAUGGUAGAGUCUAUAUGGUCAAGGACUCAAAUAUCAAAUUCUUGAGAGCCUUGCCUAGAGAUUGGAAACCUAUGAUUGUGGCUCUAAGACAACCUCGAAACUUUAAUGAAUACUCUCUUGAUAAACUUUAUGGUAUUCUUAAAACUUAUGAGCUUGAAAUACAACAAGAUGAAGAACUGGAAAAGAGCUCCAAAAAGGAGAAGACUGUGGCCCUUGUAGCUGAAAAGGAAGAAGAAGAGGAGAAAGCAUUAAAGUCUGUGGCUAAAACUUCAAACAACAUCACUGGUGAAGGAAAGAAUGAAGCUGGAAAGAAUAAAGGAAAAGCCAUUGAAGAAAAUGAAGAACCUACAGCCCAAGAUGAGCUAGAUGAACUUGAUGGGCAUCUCGUCUUUCUUGCCAGAAAACUCUAUAAACUCAAGUUCAAAAGAAAUGCUACCAGUUCUAGACCAUUCAACAGAGGAAAUCAAUCCAAACCAUCUGGUAUGGUUGAUAGAUCAAAGUUCAAAUGCUUCAACUGUGGUCUACCUGGGCAUUUCUUUAAUGAAUGCAGAAGACCUGCUUCUGAGAAGAAAGGAUCUUCCUCUAAAAAUGUUGAUUAUAGGAGGAAAUAUUUUGAUCUGCUCAAGCAAAACAAGGAAACGACAUUCAUAACUGAGGAUGGUGACUGGGCUGCUGAUGAAGGUGAUUCUAACAAUGAGGAGCAUGUCAAUCUUGCUUUAAUGGCAAUUGGAGAUGAAGUUGAUUCUUCCAUCACUAGUGGUGGACAGGCUUCUGAACUUGCUAAAGAUGAGUUACUGACUGUUCUGAAAAGAGAAGAAAUUCUUAAAAAGCAAUUGGAAAGGGAACAAGAGAUUAUAGCUAAAUGGAAGGACUCUAGAAAUGUUCUUGAAAACAUGUGUUCCACUCAUGUUCUUGAAGAAUCUUGCAAGAACUCCUGGAAGAUGAACAAAAAGUUGUUAGAAGAAUCUGAUGUCUUAUUGGAUAAUGAUCAUCCAUUGACUGACAUUCCAUCAACGGAUGAGAACUAUCCAUCGAAGAAUCAGAUAGCAGUUGAUGAAGACCAACUCAAAAAGCUUGACAAGAAAUAUGGGCCCAUCAACAAGAACUUUGUGAAGGAAUCUGGUAGUUCCAAAAAGAUUGAAAAAGAAGGAAUUGGUCAUAGUGCAGAAAAGAUGGAGGCUGAAAAAGAAAGGAAAAAGAGCUCUAGGAAUGGCAAAGUUGGGAAUAAUAAAAGGAAUGAUUACACACCUGAUAAAAAUGCUGUUAGAAAAACUUGCUCUAAAUGUGGUAGUGUUAAUCAUCUUGCUAUUAACUGCAAAAAUGCUUUAUCUAAUCAUUGCAUGCCUAAUCCUAUGAUAAAUGCUCACCUGCCUUACAUGCAUAUGUUCCCAAAUGCCCCCAUUCAUUAUGCUAACAUGCAAUUCAUGCCUAAUCCUUAUUUUGGUGCAUUUAACAUGCAUAUUAUGCCUGUUCAUCAUGAUAAUAUGAAUCAUGCUUUUAUCAACCAUCUUUCUGGACACUCUACCAAUGUUGCUUCUUCUAAUUCUGCUAUGAUACCUAAAGUUAAGAAAUCUGUGUCUGAGGAUGAAGUUGUUUCUAAACCUUCUAAAUCCAAAGAAAACAAAUCUUCUAAACCAAAGGGAAGUAGAAAGAAUCUUUGGUACCUUGAUAGUGGAUGUUCAAGGCACAUGACUGGAGAUUCUACCCUGCUUAGCAAGUUUGAGGAAAGAGCUGGCCCAAGUAUCACCUUUGGAGAUGACAACAAAGGAUUUACUCUGGGAUAUGGCUUGAUUUCAAAAGGGAAUUUCAUCAUUGACAAUGUUGCACUAGUCAAAGGUCUCCAACAUAAUUUUCUUAGCAUUAGUCAACUUUGUGAUAGAGGACAUCAAGUUUGGUUCUCUACAAAAGCCUGUGUUAUUUCUGACAAGAAAGAUAACAAAGUGGUUCUUACUGGAAAUAGGAAGGGGAAUGUCUACAUAACUGACUUCAACUCUACCAGUGCAGAUUCUCUCACUUGCUUGUUCAGCAAAGCAAGUCUGGAUGACAAUUGGUUAUGGCAUAAGAAAUUAUCCUAUUUAAAUUUUAAAACUAUGAAUGAUCUUGUGAGAAAAGAUCUGAAGAAGUAUUGUCUUGUGAUUGUGGUUGAUUUUACAAAAUUUACUUGGACUUAUUUUCUUCAUGCCAAGGAUGAAUCAAGUGAAAUCAUCAUCAAUCACAUCAAGAUAGUUGACAACAUUGAUCCAAUCAGAAAAGUGUCAAGGAUCAGGAGUGACAAUGGAACUGAGUUCAAGAACUCUACUAUAAAAGACUUCUGUGAAGAAAAAGGUAUUCACCAUGAGUUCUCUGCUGCAAGAACUCCUCAACAGAAUGGUGUGGUUGAAAGAAAGAACAGAACUCUUAUUGAAGCUGCUAGAACAAUGCUUGAAGAAUCAAAAUUACCAACUUACUUUUGGGCUGAAGCUGUUAACACAACAUGUUACACUCAAAAUAUCUCUCUGAUAAAUCAAGCACUGACACCCUAUCAAUUGUUUAAAGGAAAGAAGCCAACCUUAAAUUUUCUACAUGUCUUUGGAUGCAAGUGUUUUGUGUUAAGAAAUCAAGGUGAAAAUCUUGGUAAAUUUGAAGCAAAGGCAGAUGAAGGGAUAUUUGUUGGGUAUGCUGCUGGAAAAGCCUACAGAGUCUACAACUUAAGGUUAAACAUUGUUAUUGAAUCUGUCCAUGUGAUGUUUGAUGACAAGAAAAUUCAAGGUCUAGAUGAUGAAGGGUUUCAUGAUGUUCUCCAAUUUGAAAAUGAGACAGAAGGAGUGAUAGAUAUUGAAAGUGAUGAUGAUGACUGUGCUGAACAUCUGAAUUCUAGUGAAAUUUCUUCAUCAAUUGGUAAUAAUGUAUCAAGUGCUAGAACAGCAGUUGAUGUACCUCAGUCUACAUCAAUGGCUAAUGAUCUCUCCAGUACUAGUUCAUCAAUGGCUAAUAGUUCAAGGUCCAGACACUUAGGGGGAGCCUCUCAAAAUGAAUCUGACUUUACAAAUGAAGCCAGUUCAUCUAGAUCAAAUCUUCCUCCACAAAAAAAAUGGACAAGGGAUCACCCCUUUGAGCUCAUUAUUGGAGAUGCAGCUGCAGGUGUCAAAACAAGAAGAGCAACCAUGGAUGAAUGUUUGUACAACAGUUUUCUAUCACAGGAAGAACCCAAAAAGGUUGAAGAAACUCUUCUUGACCCUGACUGGAUUUUAGCUACGCAAGAAGAGUUAAACCAGUUUGAAAGAAACAAAGUUUGGAAGCUGGUACCCGCCAAAAGAUAG